AUGACAGGUAUGGAAUACUUUGGAUCCUCAUCAUCAGGAAGCAAGAAAAGUGGUACCCCAUUCCUUAGUGGGAUGCCACUAAGCAUAAUUAGACCAGCAUGCCGGAAUAGCUGUGCAAGAGAUUGUGAACCUUGUGAUAAAAUCACACUAGAGUUUGUUGACAGAAAGGCACAGAAAUUUGCCAGAAAAUUUCUGGAACAUCAGAAUGCUAGUGAAAUCAUGAGAAAAUGGCAAGAGAAGCUGAUUAUAGCACUGAAGGAAUUUUUGAUCUAUAAUUAUGAAAAUGGAAAGGCAAGAGAACAAUUGAAACUUUCUGUUUUGCAGAGACAACAAAAUAAAUCUAAACGGGACGAAGACGUUGCCAUGAAACAGUUGGCAGAACGGGUUAAUAAGAUGAGCAUGAUCUUAAAAGACAAAGGCAAAGAGACUAUUGAGUCCGUGAUAGGCAUGACUAAAGGAAAAGAGGUCAUGAAAGCAUGA